UUUAAAAAAUGAAUGGUAAUUCAAUGCACCGCAAAUGCAAUUCAAUUGCAGUUAAAAGUUCUGAGCUAUGCGCCUGCAUGAAAUGGUUGUCGUACAUUUUGAUAACUUCCAUUGUCAGUUUGUGGUUGCAAUGACUUCUAUUUUAAAAUGCAUUUCAUCUCAAACUUUCUUUUAAGCUAAAUUCAAUCUUAAAACGCAAAUGAUCAAAAAAAUUCAACUCAACUUUAGUUAGGUCAAGGAAUCUUUUAUGCAAGAUUAGAGCAAGAAAUUCAACCUCAGGAGCAAGGAAUCUAUGACUGAUCAAAGCUGCAGUUUCUCACUUAGAAGCAGACAAAUUCGUCGAUUCGGCCUUCGCAUCUUCCUCGGCUCCCUUUUUCUGCUUUUAUUCAGCAAUGUCAGCGUGGUCGUUGUUUUUCAAAACUCGUUUGAAAAAAUUAUCAGAGAGCAAGAGGUCACGGGAUCGAAUCCAGACUAUGUCCAGAGCAACAAUAAAACAGAUUCAGCCUAUGGCUUCAAUGUGAAAUUAAUAAGCAAAAAGGUGAAACUUGACGAGUCACAACUAAUCCAAGAACGUCUCUCUGACCGAAUAGCCCAUGGACCUUUUCUCGGCUGUGACGGCCUAAUUAGAGACAUGGCUCUUCCCUACGCUCCGGCGGCAUUUCACCCAAAAGUCCUCAAUUGGACUCGGCAAUAUUCAUCAACCGAGAUGUGCAAAACAAAAGAUGUUUGGAACGCAACUUGUUGUCAGACUGUUUAUUUUUGGGGCAGUGGAAAAUGCGGCAGUACGACUAUGGCAAUGUUACUCAAACAUGACCCGAACGUUGGUUAUAAAUUUUACGACCCUACUUCCGGUUUUGUCGACGGGGGCAAAGAAGCGUGUUGGGCACAGUCGUCUUCUGGCCAGAAAGAGUUUUUCAAAUUGUUUCCAAAAUCAAAAUGCGGCACUAAUACAUCAGAGUGUGGUAGUGCUAACUCGGAUGGUCAGACCUUAAUUCUAGAUGGGUGCCCGAGGUACUCAAGAAUUACUGAGGCCCGAAAAAUUUUCUGUGCAAAUAAUGAUGCGAAAUUUGUGAUGAUGGUUCGAGAUCCAGUACUAACGGCCAUCUCAGCUCACAACGACAACAACAUCAUCAGAGGCGCACGAGCCCGGGGAUCUCAAAAGGCAAAGCAAACUGUUGAAAAAAGUCAGUACCAUUUUGGCGAGUUUGCAAAGAUGCUCAAAUCUCUACUGCAGUUUUUUCCUCCAGAAAAUGUGCUGAUAGUUCAAGUGGAGUACCUUAAAAACGAAAGUUAUCUUCAGAGCAUAAUGGACGCGGUGCAAACUCAUUUUGGUGCUGUUAGACGAAAAGUGAAACCUCUUCAGGCAAAUAAGAAUCAGGAAAACCCGAACUACACCUUGCCGUCUUAUGUAUCCCUGAAAUCGACACUAACGCAUUUCUGCGAGAAGAGUUUUGGUUUCUACGAAUUAGUCGGAUUCAAAAUGGACUGGAUGCACUCUAUGCAAGACAGAAGAACAACAAAUUACACCAAUGAAAUUGAAAAGACCAUUGAACAGAAAAGAUAAGAAAUUGAUCAGUGACUUCUUGGGUUCUGAAAUUUCUUCUCUCCUUUUACUUUAUUUAA